AUGGCUCCCACCAAGAAGGCGAAGAAGAGCGGGGAGAACAUCAACAACAAGCUGCAGCUGGUGAUGAAGAGCGGCAAGUACACGCUCGGCUACAAGACCGUCCUCAAGACGCUGCGCAGCUCCAAGGGGAAGCUGAUCAUCCUCGCGAACAACUGCCCUCCCCUUAGGAAGUCAGAGAUUGAGUACUACGCUAUGUUGGCGAAAAUUAGCGUGCACCACUUCCACGGAAACAAUGUUGAUCUUGGAACUGCCUGCGGCAAGUACUACCGGGUGUGCUGCCUCAGCAUCCUUGACCCUGGUUCGUUGCCAUUCAGAUCACUUGCAUUUGUUUCCUCUUGCUCCCUGUAA